AUGUUACCAACGAACCGUUGUUUGUCGGUUCAAGAUCUUCUUAAUGAGACUUUUCGUCAAUAUGAAUAUCUACGUCGGAUUAAAUAUUAUCCACUUUUAUGUCGUCAAUAUUCACAAUUGAUGUGUUUUUACGAGGAAAACUACACGUGUAUAUGUGAUACUGAUCGUUUUUCAAAUUGUUUCGAAUUUAAUCGUACGAUCAGAUAUGAUUGUAGUGGAAAAAAUCUUUGUUAUAAUGACGGUCGAUGUUUUCUUAACAAUAAAACCUGUCCAAGUACAUUUACAUGUGUAUGUAAUGACUGUUACUAUGGAACACAAUGUCAAUUUUCAACAAAAGGUUUCAUUUUUUCACUCGAUCCAAUUCUUGGAUAUCAUAUCAAACCAAGUAUUUCAUUCCAUCAACAACCAUUUAUUGUCAAAUUAAGUACUACUAUCAUUACAAUUAUGUUGAUUUCACAAUUAAUCAUGGGUUCACUAUCUAUAGCAACAUUUCAAUUGAAAAAAAUAAGAGAAGUUGGUUGUGGUUAUUAUCUUCUAGCAUCGUCGAUUAGUUCAAUGUGUAUGAUUAUUGUAUUAACAAUUAAAUUUUGGCUACUCAUUCUUUCACAAAUGUCAUUCAUAAAUAAUAGAUCAAUACUCUUUGUUAAUUGUGUUUCAAUUGAAAUAAUUCUUAAAUCUUGUUUAGCAUCAAGUGAAUGGCUUAAUGCUUGUGUAGCUAUUGAAAGAAUGUUUAGUGUCAUAAAAGGUAUGACAUUUGACAAGAACAAGAGUAAGACAAUAGCUAAACGAAUGAUUUUUGUUGUAAUCAUUUUCACGAUACUUACACAUAUUCAUGAUCCACUUAAUCGACAAUUGAUUGAUGAUUUAGAUGGAGAUCAAAAACGAAUAUGGUGUUUCGCUAAAUAUUCAUCUGAAGUAACUCAAUAUAAUACAACUAUCACUCUCUUUCAUUUUCUUGUUCCUUUUUCAACCAAUUUUAUAUCUGCUUUGGUACUUAUUAUAGUAACAUCUUAUAGUCGUUUUAAAGCAGAAUCGAAACAAUCACUCAAGCAACAUUUACGAAUAAAAUUGAAACAACACAAACACAUUAUUAUUGCACCUUGUAUUUGUUAUUAUUAG